AUGAUUGAGAAGUUUGUUGUUCAGCUGGGAAACUCUACCUCCUCAGAUUUAUCGUCUCUGAUUAUUAUCAUUUUUUUUAUAUUUUGUUUGUUUGUUUUGAAUGACCGCCCUUCAUACUGCACAGUGUGUGUGAUCUUCGCUCUGAAUCAGACGCUGCUGCAGCAGGAGAGUCUCCGCGCCGGGGGCCUGCAGGUGCCUUACACCACAGAGCACCUGAUCAAGCACUACAACUGUGGAGACCUCAACUCCAUCAUCUUCAACCACGACACCUCGCAGGUGCCGAGCUUCAAGAACGCGACGCUGCCGGCGAGCGAGCAGGUGACGGCGCAGGAGAUCGAGCGCUACUUCAGACAGGAGCUGAUCUACAAGCGUAACGAGCGCAUGGGCCGCCGCGUCAGAGCGCUGCUGGAGGAGCAGCCCGACAAGAGCUUCUUCUUCGCUUUCGGAGCAGGUCACUUUCUGGGAAACAACACUGUGAUUGACGUCCUGCGGAGUGAAGGUUAUGAGGUGGAGCACACGCCUGCUGGACAGACGCUACACAGCGGCAGAAGGUCCGGAGAGCUGGAGCCAUUCCUCCACGAGAGCCGAGAACUUCAGGAGGACGAGGAACCACAUCUCCUGGAGCUCCUGGAGAAGGUGGAGCACAAGCUGAAGAAGAAGCACCGCAAAAAGCAGAAGAAGCAGCGCCAUCGUCAGUUCAACGACCUCUGGGUGCGGAUGGAGGAGAGCGGCAGAAGGUCCGGAGAGCUGGAGCCAUUCCUCCACGAGAGCCGAGAACUUCAGGAGGACGAGGAACCACAUCUCCUGGAGCUCCUGGAGAAGGUGGAGCACAAGCUGAAGAAGAAGCACCGCAAAAAGCAGAAGAAGCAGCGCCAUCGUCAGUUCAACGACCUCUGGGUGCGGAUGGAGGAGAGUGUGACGGCCGAGGCUCCGCCUCCUGUCGUCCGCAUCAUCAACGGUUACAUCCCAGUCCAGACACACCCACAGGAGCACGGCAGAGCCAAUCAGCACAGGACGUUCUCAGGCUCCUCCUCCUGGAGCCCCGCCCUCACUGCGACGGCUCUGUGUGUUCAGAUCCUGCUGCUGCUGCUUUCAUGACGUCUGAUGAGCUGCAGGUUCGAGUUUAACCCUGAACCUCACAGACUCUGAGCCGCCGCCUGCUUCAUGCAGGACUAAUCAACCGCUUCACUUCAGCUCUUGAAGAAUCACUUCCUUGCAAAUCAGAUGUAUUAUAGAUGUAAUUUAGAGUUUUGAAUAAAGCAUUUGUUUGUUCACUUAUUUUAUAAAUAUAUAAAGAAGAGUCAUUAUAUUUUUUAGACUA